UUUCAAUCUGAAAGUGCAGUUUUCGAAUUUAUCAAAGUUUAUUAUUUCUACCAUUAGCAAUUGUUCAUUCCAAUAGAUUGUAAAAAAGACAACCAAAUGGCAACCAAAACAAAACAAUCAGAUGAUCAUGUUAUAUCAUUCUUUGGACAAGUUUUCGAUCGUUUCACUAUUGACGAUCAAUAUCGACGUUUAUUACUUGAUCAAUUAGAACAGGAUUCUGUUCCACAUUGACAUGUGUUUCAUGAUAAUCAUCGUAUAAACGAAGCUAUUAAACAUAUAGAUUCCGGUUCCUAUGCACACGUAUAUCGUCUUUUGGAGCCAAACACAAUGAUAAAACUUAAAAAUCAAAAAAGUUCUAUGAUCGAUCCGGUCAUAUUAAAAAUGAUACCAUUGUUGUCCGGAGAAUUAUUGCAACGUUUGACCAUUCUGAACCGAAUUAGUUCAUAUAAUGAUGUCCACAAUGAAUGGAUCAUACAGCGUACAUUGUCCCGGUUGAAUAGUCGAUAUCAACAUAGUGAUGGUCGACUCUACAUGUGUCCUACAUUUCCUCGAUUGUUUCUAUCAACGUUACUUCAUGGCCCAUUAGGUCCAUGCUUCAAUGUUCAAACGAAUAACAACAACGAUGACGACGACGAUGAUGAUGAUGAUGAUGAUGACGGAUGGCCAUUUGUUGGCAACAUGUCGGAUGAAUAUAAUUUGUCUAAUCAAAUACCGCAAGAAUAUAUGAUGUUAGUGAUGGAAGAUUGUGGAUUGCCAAUCACCGAAUGUUUGGAACAGUUGAAACCAUUAGCCUGUUUAUCUAUAGUGAAACAAUUGAUUAUUGGCCUAAUGAUAGCCGAAACAGUGUUUCAAUUUGAACAUCGUGACCUUCACGGCGGUAAUGUUCUUGUGCAAACAACAAACAAAACAAUGGUCCAUUAUAUGAUAGGAAGUCGUACGCUUUCAUUACUAACAUAUGGCUGUAUGGUGAAGAUAAUCGACACUACUUUUUCUCGAAUACGAAUAGGACAAAAUGUUCACUAUAAACACUUGUCCUAUUUGUUUACAAGUGAUAAUCUUAGCGCCAGCAACAGUGAACUUGAUCGUACAUAUGAACGAAUGAAUCAAUUGGUUACCGGUAAUGAUGAUCAACAUUGGAAACAAUAUCAUCCACGAACCAAUGUACUUUGGAUACAGUACAUAAUUGGUAAAAUAUUACGAUCAUCAACAGACGACAGACCAUUGUUUGAUGAAUCAUCAACAACUGCUGCUGACCACGUAAUUCAAUUAUUAACAAACUAUGAAAAAUUAGGCGACAAUUGUAAUUCGGCUAGCGAACUAUUCGACAAAAUAAUUGCCAUUGCCAAUAGAAACAAUGACGAUGUAUGCCGUAUACGAUUCAAUUAAAGUUCCAGAAUAGAACGUUAUAGAUAACACCUUUUUUAUAUUUCC